CAUGGCCAUGCAAGAAGGUCUAAAGCUCAUUCCUUAUCACCAAUGGCGUUGUCAACAGAUCUCAUGUGUGCUUCUCAUGACCAUGUCCACAAAUGUGAACCAUCUGUGUGAUAACCAUUCUGAACGGUCCUGAACCACAUUUCUCAUGGCUAUCCUAAUAUAUCUGAAUCUUAUCUACGUUGACCGUAUCAAUAAAUCUAACGUACAUUUUAAUCUGAAUCACGUUUACAAAUGGAUAGCACCUUAUUAUAUCUGAGCGUCUCAUGAUUUUCAGAUUUGGUUGAGAAUUGAUAGUGUAACAUGGGCAACAUUUGGGGGACGAUGUUUCAAAGGAAACGGCUUGUGCGGUUUCAAAACUGCAGCGGAAGCCAGAAAAAGAUGGCGAUGGCCGCUGACCUGAACGAGUUCCGUGUCAUUGCCAGAGAGAAACUGGGUUUCGGUGGACAUGAUGACAUCAAAGUUUUAGAGUCAACCACAGGGUUAGAACUUGAAGACGAUGAUGUUUUCGUCCACCUGGACCCAAACAUACCGCUGACAGUGGUGAACCUAACCCGAGGCCAGGAGUGGACCCGUCCCCCAGAUGUGCCCUCGUUAAGUCAGUCUCAUCCGCUGUUCGUUCAGCCACCACACCAUCAGGUGGCAGGUCGUGAUGCAAGCGUGACGUACACAAUCACCAACAAUGUGUAUAACAACCAAACCCAGCUGGUGCAAGUGGGCGAUAGACAGACUGUGGUGUCCGGAGUUCCGACAGGAGCUACAGAGGACGAGGACUCCCAGUUCUGA